AUGCAGAAAUUCCUCGAAGAGGACCGAGUCAGACAAAGUGAAAAUGCAGAGGUCAAACAGCCAGAGCAGAAGGAGCAACCUGAAGCAAAAAUCCAGGACAAAAAGAAAAAAUCCAAUAAACUGUUCCCGGACUCUGUACUAUUCAAGCAGUGGGGAGAGAAUCUGUCUGAGAAGGACCAAAGAGAAGCACAGACUUUGUUUCAAAAGUAUGGAUACAAUGUUUUUCUCAGCGAUCGCCUCCCUCUAAAUCGAGACCUUCCUGACACUAGGGAUCCAAGGUGUUUGAAAAAGACGUACCCAAAGGACCUUCCAAGUUUAGGAGUAGUACUGAUCUACCUAAAUGAAGCCUUGUCUAUCAUCAAGAGAGCCAUGCGCAGCAUUAUCGACCGCACCCCUAAAAACAUACUGAAGGAGAUAAUAAUGGUGGAUGACAACAGCUCUAAUGAGGACCUGAAGGUGGACCUCGACAUCUACGUGAAGUCACUUGAGGAGCAGAACCCAGGUCUCCGCAUUGCGAGAGUGAGGCAUGAUGAGCAGCAAGGCCUCGCUUACGCUAGGGUAUCCGGGUGGAGGGCGGCUACUGCAGACGUGGUGGCCAUCCUGGAUGCACAUAUUGAAGUCCAUGAGAUGUGGGCCGAACCCCUGCUGACACAGAUCAAAGCUGACCGAACAGUGGUGGUGUCCCCUGUGUUUGACAGAGUCAACUUUGAUGACCUCAAGGUUAUUCAAUACCAGCCAGCAGCACACGCCUUUGACUGGGCUUUAUGGUGCAUGUAUGAGGGUUUUUCACCCGAGUAUUCCAAACUCGGAGACAGCUCAUUGCCUGGAAAGAGUCCGUCGGUCAUGGGGAUCCUUGUUGCUGAAAGGAAGUUUCUAGGAGAAAUUGGACUCCUCGAUGAAGGCAUGAAAGUGUAUGGUGGAGAAAAUGUUGAGCUGGGAAUUCGUGUGUGGACAUGUGGAGGCAGUAUUGAAGUAGUUCCAUGCUCCAAAAUUGCCCACAUCGAGAGGAAUCACAAGCCCUACAUGCCUGACCUGAGUCCCGCCAUGAAGAGAAACGCCUUGAGGGUAGCAGAAGUCUGGAUGGAUGAAUACAAACACAAUAUCAACUUGGCUUGGAACUUGCCAUUCGAGAAUCACGGAAUUGACAUUGGGGAUGUUUCCGAGAGGAAAAAACUCAGAGAAAGGUUGAACUGUAAGCCUUUCAAAUGGUACCUGGAAAAUGUUUAUCCUAAGUUGGAUCCCUGGGACAACCUACUUGCCUAUGGAGGAAUGAAAAAUCUUGAUGCCAACAUGUGCAUAGACCAAGGCCCAGUGCCAGGUCAUACACCAAUCGCCUACAACUGCUACUACUAUGGACCUCAAUUCACUUAUUAUCGAGAAAAUGGUGAGCUCUACAUCGGCGGCAUCAAGUCCCACAAGUACAAUGACAACCGCUGUUUAACCGACGUAGGCAAAAAAGAAACCAAGCCUGGCCUUUACAACUGCAAGGAGGCUAUGCAGAAAGGAAUGGGGAUUUACUGGGACUUCACUCAGGGCGAAGAACUGAGGAACAGACAGACAAAAAGAUGUCUGGAGAUUGAAAAUGGCCAACUAAUAAUAAAGGAAUGCUCUGGCCAAAGAUGGGAAAUUGAGAAUAUAAUCAAAGCCUUUUAAAGAGUGUGUAUGUGUAUGGACAGCAAAAAGUGCACUUCUCUGCUUGUGAGUCAGUGGAUACUAACACUUGUGUGUAAAAUGUGUAAAAGUCAAUUUUGACUGCUA